AUGACGAAAAAAUGUGGUUUGAAGAAUGAUAGGAAAGGACUGUCUCCAAAUGCUUUAUCUGAGACUGAGCAGACAAAUGUAGGUCCAUUGGCAGCUCCCGAUACAAAUACUUCAGUGCCAUUUUCAUCUGUUUCUAACAUCGAUAAUCCCGUGGUAAGAAAAUCAACUAGUCCUACUGGAUCUCAAACCAAGUCAAUUAUGAAUGCUAGUGGAACAUCUGGCGCUGUUGUAAGUAAUACGCCCGAGCCGGGCCUGAAAAGAAUACCUACCGUCACAUUCAGUGAUUCAAAGCUGGGGAGUCCCAGACCAGAUGUGGAGCAAACUCAACCUAGCAAGGUUGCCAAGCAGCCCAGUGAAAAGAAGGCAGCUUCCGUGCACAUGGCGUCGGAUAAUAACGACCAAGGGAGAAGUUUAAGGGACAUAAACACGAAAGUACUAAAGGAUGGUGAUACCUCCGGUUCCUCCUUUUCGACCCCAACAUCUAUUCUCUCUAACGCUGAUGCAGCGAAUAAUAUAUCAAGUCUGCUGGCUAAAAAGUUGAGCCUUGGCGGUGGAGCUGAUUCGAUUCUGAACUCAGACAAUAGUUCCGAUAGUCCCAGAAAAGAACAUCCACAUUUUUACGUGGAGGAUCCUUUGCACACCCCGUCGGUUAGGUCAAGGUCUAACAGCACUAGUCCUCGCCCCUCUAUAGUAAUGAACACAUUCAAUCCAAUCAAUAUUGAGCGGGAGGGCUCCAUAACAAAGACUGGAGAGCCUACUUUAUUGGAAUCGGUCUUGGAAGAAGCUAUGUCUCCAAAUGCAGUUUCAAAUCCCCUAAGAAAGGAAAAUAUCAUGACCAAUAUGGAUCCGAGGUUGCCUCAGGAUGACGGUAGGCUGCAUGUGCUUUUUGGGGCAACGGGCUCUUUGUCUGUUUUCAAGCUCAAACAUAUGAUCAGGAAACUAGAAGACAUUUAUGGAAGGGAUAGAAUUAGCAUACAGGUCAUAUUAACAGACUCGGCAACCAAAUUUUUUGCAAUGAAGUAUAUGAGAAAAAAUAAAAGACAAAUCAAUAAUAACGAUAGUAAUGCCAAUAGCAUCGAUUCUAAUACUAAUAAUAUCGUCAAUGGCAAUAAUCUUGCUACUAUCGACAAAUCUACUAUUUCAAAGACAAAUUUGAACUCAGCGCCUUCUUUGUUGAUAAAUGCGAAAAAUGAAGAAGAAAAUCAAAAGGCCUCAACUACUGGAUUUUCUCCAUCACUUAGUGGCGGCCGCACGUUCAGCAACCCUUCGAACGCUGGAUUACAACAUCCUCAGACUGAGCUUCCAGCACAUAUACAAUUUUGGACAGACCAAGACGAGUGGGAUGUAUGGCAGCAACGGACGGAUCCUGUCUUACAUAUAGAACUACGCCGUUGGGCAGACAUACUGGUUGUGGCACCCUUGACCGCAAACACAUUGGCUAAGAUUGCUCUAGGAUUAUGCGAUAACCUUUUGACAAGUGUAAUUAGAGCAUGGAAUCCGAUGUUCCCUAUAUUCCUAGCACCUUCGAUGGGUAGCGGUACGUUCAAUUCCAUAAUGACUAAGAAACAUUUUAGAAUUAUUCAAGAAGAAAUGCCGUGGGUGACUGUAUUUAAACCUUCUGAAAAGGUCAUGGGCAUUAAUGGCGAUAUCGGGCUAAGUGGGAUGAUGGAUGCGAACGAGAUCGUUGGGAAGAUUGUGGUUAAAUUAGGCGGUUAUCCUGACAUUCCUGCCGGCAAGGAUGAAGAAGAAGAGGAUGAGGAUGAAGACAACGAUGACGAGGACGACAACAUAAAGAACAAUACAGAUGACAAGGAUGAUGAAGAAGAAGAUGACGAAGAAGAUGACGAUGAAGACGAUGACGAUGACGAUGAGGACGAUGACGAUGAAAACGGAAAUCAUGAAGAGGCUCCACAACGACCUUGA